CAACCACAGAUGAUAGAUGCCCUCGUUAUACUGCUAUCAAAAGUUGAGUCAAUUGCACUGCAGCGGUAUUUCAACUGCAGCAGUGUUUUGGUAAACCAUCUACCCAUGUGAGUUUUUUUGUAAAGUGGGAACACUGCUAUGUGACAUAUUGACGGAUGAGACGGAAUGCGCAGGUCAUCGCAUGAGUUUGCGCGAAGUUAAAAUAAACACGUAAAGAUGGUUUUAAAAGGCUGUAUUUAAUUUUAUCAGCAUUUGGAACUUUGUCUUUGUUCGAAUGGAUUCAUUUGUUUGCUCACAGAAGACUCCAAACGGCUUGGAGACGGUAUCUACUGCUUGUAUAAACCACGCUACAGAAUGUCUCCCACAUGAACAAUCUAUUUUUGUUGAAUCUGUUUCACUUGAAAAGUUUGAAGCUGAGUGCUGGCCAAAGUUACAUCAAGUAGUAAGUACGUUACUUCAAGCUGAACUAAACAGUCAAACAAACUCAAAUAAAGUGUCAUUUCAAGACAUGUACAGCUGUGUGUAUCAAUGCAUAUGUAGCCGACACACAGAAAGAUUGCAUUACAAUCUAAUGGAGCUUGUUUCACUGCAUUUACAAAACAUAUCUGACAAACUGUUACCUGGUACCACUCUUCAAAGUAAUUGCUUUUACAUAACUGGCUGCUUAGAAGUUGUGCGGAAAUAUGGAAGAGCUCUGCAUGAGAUUGUUCCAAUUUUUACCUAUCUGAAUAGAGUUUACAUUACACCGAUCUUACAUUCAAAUUUAGAGGAUCAACUUUUAAAUCUUUUUAAGAUGCACAUUAUUGAUAAACAUGCUGAAAGAUUAGUUGGUGCGAUGAAAAAUGCCCGCAAAAUUUCAUUUUCUGUUGAACCAUCAGUCAUGGCAGAACUGGCCCAAGCCCUGUACUCAAUGAAACCUAAUUUACGAGUGUCAGAAGCUGAUUUCUUUUCUCAUUACAUUGCUCAAGCAAAAUCCUCAACCAAACCCAUGAGUUUGGAAGAAGACAUUGAAGCAACACGGAAGAUGCAGCUUGACCUUCAGCGCGACCCAAACUUCAGCUUCACAUGUUCCCAAAAACGCUCGAAAGAAGACACUGAAAUUGAAGAUGAAGAAUGUUCCUCCUCACUUCUAUCUUCAUUACUAAUGGGAAGCAGUUGAUAUAUUUUUGUGUGACUGCAAUUAACACUGUAAGCAAAGUUACAUUUCCCAUAAGUUCAGGUGCUAUACCCCUCACAAUAUUUAAGAAUAAUCCAAUAGUUCAAACUUGUUCAGCUCUAAAUUUUUUGACAAACAUUUGUUUUUAAUAUGAGAACCUGCUACUACACUGCUCAAGAUCUUAAAAUAUGUUGUUAAUCAUAAAUUUUAUAUUUGAUGUUACUGAAACAUUCUUUUCUUUUUGAUCCUAAAAGUGUAAACCAAAAUUCAUCAGUAUAUAUUGUUCUUCGCAUGCAAAUUAUUUUAUAUAUCGCAAAUGAUUUUAAGUACUGAUAAAAUUGCAAGCUUUUAAUUUCUACAAUUUUUUAUGAUGGUGCUUUACCAGUUGAGCGCUUCAUUUUUAUGCAGUGAAAAUUAAAUUUACAAUUGCUUUUGGGUGGGUGAAACCAAAUAUUUUUUUUAAUGGCCAACCUGUUUGCUUUAAAGAUACUUCUUUUACAAGAUUUUACUCUUUAUACUUAUUCAUGCAAAGUUAUGUGUUAUUAAUUUUGUAUUGAGCGAUCUAUGAAUUGCCCAUGUUCAUUGAUUUGAUGCACUAUUAAAUGCCUGCCAGUA